AACAGAACGUCACUUCUCCUUAGUUCAGGCGGGCUGUUUGAAAGCAUAGACAGUUGCAGACAGAAGAUAGCUAAGCGUUUCAGUUGGCUUUUGAGUGACACAAGUAACAUUAAUAAUUAAUAUAUAUUGCAUAGUUAACAUGUUCGCUACAUAGAUAGUUUAGACCUUUGUGAAGACCCGGUGAAGGAUUGGACGCAUGUUAGUAUUUAACUAUUAAAGUUAGCUAGGUUAGCUUCUCCAGGUAACAAACAACGUUGGCUUGUGUUUGUUCUGUGUUUACGUAUCUAACAGCUAGCUAGCUAACCGAGCUAGUCAGUUGUUAAUGUUAGCUAAAUAAAAAAACUCUUGAUUUUACGAGCAAUGGACCGACCAUCAAGGAAGACAACAGUUGUGAGUUACUCUGAAGCAAAGGACUUCGAUGAUGAUGAGGAUUUUGCCUCUGUGAAGGCUCCACCCAGCAAAAAGGCCAGAGAGGAGAACAAGAACAAGAAAUCAUCAAGCAAGUCCUCCAGUCAAGAGUCAAAAUCACAAUCCACACUGAGCCAGAAGACCAGACCAUUAGAUGUGAAGUUGUAUGAAAGAGAUCUAGAAGCAGCCAUUACACUAUCCUUGCUUAAAAAUGAAGAUGGGAUAAAGGAACAGUCGCCAACCAGUAAAGGAGAUCUCAAGGUUCAUGUUCCUGUAGUUGAAAACACAGAUCCAACUUCUUUGCACAUGUCCAACUGCAGUGUGGAUUUGGCAGUUUUGGGCCUGGAGGAAAUCACAUCAGAAAAAGAGCCACCUGGCCUUUCCAGACAGCGAAAGGUUUCCACUAAAGGCACUGAGGAGAAAAGGUUCGAGGAUGAAGAUGAAGACUAUGAGCCCAAACUGACACCAGAGUCAGAAAGUGAUGAGGAUUUCAGUGAACCAUCUGAGAGCGAAGAUGAGGAAUUCACAGUGAAGAAAGUCAGCAAAACAAAAAAGAAGGAUAGAGUUACCAAGAACGAGAAGACCAAAAAGCCUUGUGUCUCUAAAAAAGAAAAGCAACCGUCAAAACCAUCAACAUCUCAAUCCCAGGCAGCAGCAGCUACCACACCGGUGAGAAGUCCUCCAACAGCCAAACUUGCAACCAAAAGACCUGCUCCAUCCUCCACAGUUUCCACAUCGAAACCUGCAUUAUCUCUAAGCCCAGCAGGGGGCAGGAUACCCAAGUGGAACCCUCCAGCUCAAGUUGGUGGAAGUCCCCCUUCAUCCAGUCCAGCAGUGAAGUCUCCAGGUCAGGGUCUGCGGCUUGGACUGUCCCGUCUUGUUCGAGUCAAACCUCUUCAUCCUAGUGUUGCAAGUCACUGACCUGUCUGUGGAUGCCCCUGUAUGUCAGUUGUUGUUGUUGUCCUUUUUAGCUUUAUUU